AUGUCAGAUUCAAAGCGAACGCAGCAAUCAGAGUCGAGAAAGCGAAACGCUUCAGAUCUGGGUAGCGAGUCUGAUGACAGUGGCUCCAGGACGGGUGCUCGUAAAUUAGCCAAGAGUCCGAAGCGCACGUGUUUGCAUGGAAUCAAUCUGACACCACAAAGCACACCGAAAGUGGCUGCAUUCGACCUCGAUGGAACGGUGAUCAAGUCAAACCACAAAAAUCGAAGCAAGGAAGCCGCGCUGCACUGGGAGUGGUGGAGAGCUACUGUGCCUGUAAAGUUGUAUGAAUUACAUCAAGAAGGAUACUCGAUCAUAUUGAUAUCUAAUCAAGCAUUAAAGCAACGACAACUGGAGGACUGGAAAAAGAAGGUUUCCCUAAUCUCCGCUGCCCUUCCCAGUGUACCUUUCCGAUUGUUCGCUGCGUCUGCCAAAGAUGGGUUUCGUAAGCCUAUGCCCGGGAUAUGGGACGAGCUUCAACGUAUCUUUGCGGUAGACGGUAUUCAGAUAGAUAAAGACGCUUCAUUCUUUGUUGGAGAUGCUGCAGGCCGUACGAAUGACUUUGCAUCGACCGACAGGAAAUGGGCAGUAAACAUUGGCAUUCCUUUUUAUACCCCAGAAGUGAGAAUCAUUUUCUCGAAGUUUUGGUGGCAUGUUGAACCUCUUCAGGAAUAUUUCCUCCAACUACCCUCAGCACCGUAUGCCCUCCCUGGAUUUGAUGCUUCCAGUCUCCCUAAGUUGCUCCACAAGUUAACACAUCAAGCAGUACCGUUACUUGAUCCCCCCACGGCCAAAAUAAUUCCCGAUGUUGCAGGGACGGAGCUGGUCGUAUUUUCGGGCUUUCCGUGCCUAGGAAAAUCGUCCUUUUUUCGAAGGCAUUUUGCGCCUGCUGGGUAUACCCACAUCAACCAGGAUACACUAGGUAGCCGUUCCAAAUGCGUAAAAGCGGCUGAGGUGGCACUCAAAGCUGGUACAAGCUGUGUAGUUGAUAAUACCAAUCGAGAUAUUGCAACUAGAAAGUACUACUUGGAUCUUGCCAAGAAACUGAAGAUUCCUGUUCGAUGUCUUGUGUUCAUUGGUUCAAUAGAUCUAGCGUGGCACAAUAACCUCUACCGUGCCUAUGUUCACCCUUCGAUAGAGUCGAGACGCAACAUCCUACCCUACCUUGCCUUCAUAGGUUUCAGGGACAACUACGAGGAGCCCCAACUGACGGAGGGUUUUUCAGAAAUAAUAAAAGUUAACUGGGUACUUGAAGGGGGCGAAGAAGAACGGAAGAGAUGGAGUAUGUGGCUUCAGAUUGACGGCAAAUGA